AUGGUAGCCCAGUUAGCUCUGGAUACCCCAGGUUCUAAAACAGACAGAGCUCUCUCUUUAGACUUUGUUUUAAAUCAUAAAGAUAAAAAAUUGGAAGCAGGGUUCACUUCACCGUGGAAGAAAGCUUCACUAAAGGGUGCCCUCCAGAAUGACAAGGCUAGAAAAGAAGUUAAUCUCAUCCUGAUUAGUGAUAAGGAUGAAUAUGCUUUAAAAUCGUUUGUUAAUAUUGCUGAGAAAGGAUCAGAAACGACUUACACUCCAGUCUUAGAGUUUCGUAGACCUGGUGCAGAAGGUAUUGCUCUGAAAGGAACGAUUAUAUCUGAAGAAAAUGAAGAUAUUGAAGCUGAUUUCAAAUUGUCUGGAGCAACUGAGAAAACUGUCAACAUUAAAGGCAAAUAUGUAAACAGUAACAAGAUGAAAAGUUUAUCAGCAUCCGUAGCUAUUGCCCCUAAAAACGUUUAUUCUACAACUGCUUCUAUCACAAUAGACCAGAAAAAGAAAACCAUUACCAAAGUAUUACCAUCAUUUGUUAUCAAAACUCCAGAAGGUACUCUUGUCUCAUUGACUGGAUCAGCAGAUUACAGAAAAGCUAAAUCCUUAAAAACUGAUCUGACCCUAAAAAUGGACAGACUUUUGAAACAACCAAUUAUUAUUAAAGGUAACUUAAACAGGGGUUUUUAUUUUCUGAUUGUUAUUCACAGUAAAGCAGAGAAAGUUUGA